AGCUUGGCAAGCUUAAGUUAUUAGCUUUAUUGAUCUAUCACCAUGGGAGAUAUUCAAGAAGGUGCUAAUGUUUUUAGACCUCCACUAUUAUGCGGCCAUGAUUAUACUUUUUGGAAGUGUCGAAUGAGAGCCUUUCUCAAGUCUCUUGGUGGACAGGUUUGGAGGAGCAUAGAGGUUGGAUGGUCAGCUCCUACUAUGACCAAUGCAGAUGGAGAACUAAUUCAGAAACCUUAUGAAAGAUUUAGCAAGAAAGAGAAGGAUGCUGCAGAAUCGAAUGAUCAGGCUUUGAAUGCAAUCUUCGGAGCGGUUGACAGAAAUCAGUUCCGUCUUAUCUCAAAUUGCAUAGAGGCCAAGAGAGCUUGGGACAUUUUGCUUAUUACUCAUGAAGGCACUACUACAGUCAAGACAGCCAAACUUCAGAUCGUGAUGUCUAAAAUUGAAAAUCUUAAAAUGGAGGAUACUGAGUCUAUCACAAAUUUUCAUGGGCGAGUUAGAGAGUUGGCAAAUGAGGCUGAAAGGCUUGGUGAACCACUUACAGAAAACAAAUUGGUGUUGAAAGUGCUACGGUCUCUUCCAGAAAAAUACUCUAUGGAUGUUAAAGCUAUUAGACAAGCACAAUCUCUCAAUGUUAUGUCUCUUGAUGAACUGAUGGGGAACUUAGAAACCAUUGAGUUGGAGAUGCAUGAAGAUCUACGACGUAAAAAACAGCAUGUCAUCCUCGUUGAAAAAGAGAAGCAGUGUGUUAAAGACAGUGCUGAAACAUGCUGUGUUUUUCCAACUUUCCAUAGUGUUGACGGUGACUCUGAUAGUGACGUAGAUCCAAGGGAGAUGCUUAUAAUUGUUGAAGAAAAAUUUCAAGAGUCUCUACGGGUCAACAAGAAAAAAUGUUUGGAAAAUGAUAGCCUCAAACGUGAACUUGCUGAAUCAAAACGCGAUGUGGAACAACUCAUCAAAGAGUUACAGAGAUAC